AACAUGUUUACGACAACAGCACUGGUUUUCUGGCAAAUAUGGCGGCACCGUAGAUCUCUUCAAACCAAACGAAAUAUGUUGUCUCAGUAGUCCUGUAUAUAAAUUUAAAUAUCAAACAUUUUCUUGCUGUUAAAAUAUCGUUUUUUCCCUCAUCAUAUGCCAUGGCUGGCGUCAUAGAAACAGAGGAGCAGGCAAGACACCGUUUCCAGCUUGAGUUGGAGUUUGUUCAGUGCUUAGCGAACCCAAACUACCUGAACUUUUUGGCUCAAAGAGGUUACCUGAGAGAGAAGCCUUUUGUCAAUUACUUAAAGUAUUUACUUUACUGGAAAGAACCAGAAUAUGCUAAAUUCCUGAAAUAUCCUCAUUGUCUGCACAUGUUAGAGCUAUUGCAGUAUGAACAUUUUCGAAAGGAGCUGGUGAAUGCACAGUGUGCCAAGUUCAUAGAUGAACAGCAGAUCCUGCACUGGCAGCAUUACUCACGGAAGCGGACACGCUUGCAGCAAGCUCUGGCAGAGCAGCAACAGCAACAGCAGCCACAGGCUCCAUCACAUGGCAACACCACAUCCAAAUGAAGCAGUCCACAUGCUCCUGCUGGACAUUUUUCUGUCAGUGUUGUUUUUUUUUUUUGUAAAUAGUUGUUUUCAAGUGGGCUUCUUCCACGUUUUUAGUUAGACUUUGACUGCUCUCUGUAAAUGCAUAAUGCUCUGUGUGUUUAUGAACAACAGGAGAGAAAGGUAAAGGAGCUUAUAGGAAAGUAUAAGGAGAGUGAUUAGAUUGCUUCUGCACCACUUUUAGAAUGUGUCCAAAAUGUAUGUAUAUAUGUGGCAUUCUGUGUGCAUUUUGGACAAACAUUGAUGCCCAAAUAAAAAUAAGGCAAUUUUUAAAGCCAAUAA